AUGUCGGAUUUGUUCGCCUCGGGAGAUCAAUCCUCUGGCUCAUUGGACGGUAUCAACGAUGACAUUGCUCGCAAAAAUGAGGCUGCCUUCAAAUACACUUCAAUUUUUCAUACUAAUCUGUGUGAGAAAUUGUAUCAAGAGUUAGGCUCUCUGGCAGUCGGACAAUUCGAUAUUCCCGGAGGCCAGAUUUCACCGUUAAUGUGGACUAGAUUACAUGAGAUCUAUUCGGAACUCGAAGCGCAGACUCGUAAACUUCCAACUGGUGCAAAGUAUUCUGUCGCAUCACAGAAAUACGCCAAUGAGGCUGUUCAAAUUGCUAGUGUUCUUUCGAUUUACACAGCCUUGGCUCACGAGUAUGAUGAAACUCUUGAGGUUUCUUUGUUGAGUAAGCUGGUCGUAGAUGAUGUGGAAUUCAGAAGAGUCUAUGCACUUCUUCUUUGGAGUGAAAAGGCGAUCAGUGAGAAGCAAUACGAACCCGAAUUUAGAGCGAAGUUUAAAAAGUUGGAUGAAGCAAAAUCAAUUCGUCUCAGCUCCAUGAUGAGUUUGAAGCGUCCAACUUUCUCUACAGGUGCUCCAAAAGAUGCUUCUCUAGAUCCAGACGCACCUGGAACAAAAGAAGAACAAGCGUUAGAACAAUUGGCUUUCAACAUGUUUUUCGAACUUGUCAGAGGCGGUGAGACGGCAAAAGCUGCCGAAUUAGCAACAACACUUGGAAUGUCCGCGAUUGGAGCUCAAUUGCAAUUGCAUUCCAUGCUUCGGAAUCCACUUGAUGUUCCAUUAGAAGCCACUACCAAAAACUUUGGAGAGCACAAAAGGACUCGUCGUGCCAAAUAUUACGAGAUGAUCCAGAAGCAAAUCGAACAAUCCAAAGGAAAAGAAGAUGACGCAUACUGGACACUUAUAUCUGCCAUUCGUGGAAACAUUUCACCGAUGCUGAAAGCUGGAAAGACAGUGAUCGAGAAAGUUUGGGCAUACGCAAACUCUGCAUUCCUUGCUCGAAUUCUAGCCGCGGAAGGAGCUAUGAGUCAAGAAAAGAUAUCGACAUUGUUCAACGUGCCACUCACUGCUAAAUCCAUUCUGGAAGAACUGAGAUCUCAAUAUGACGGAUCCAACGAGGUUUAUAUUCUCUUGCGAGUAAUCGAUGGCAUGCUGAAUGACGAUAUUGAAGACUUGUACAAGUUUGCAAAUGAUACUGUAGGAGAAUACGUACCGAACGAUAAACACUGUGAGGUCAACGUGCUAGCACUUGACAUUUUCUUCCAUCUCGUAGCUGUCUCGUAUGCUAGCGGUUUUGAACCGAAUGACGACGGAAAUGCUGUUAUUGUUCUCGGAUUUGAUGAUCUGCGUGCACGUAGUGGCAACACGUCGCAUAAGCGAAUGGCUGCAUUUUAUUCGAGGUUCCUGCCAGAAGAUAUGAAACUUCCCGAGAUUGUCGAGACUAUGAAAAUGGUGGAGUCUGAGAAAGAACGAGAGAUUUUUGUGGACUCAUUGAGACAAUCUGAAAUCGAUUUCGGAAGAUGCGCUUGCACCCUCAUCGAACAAAUCAGAAAAGAAGAUGCUAGCAAAGUGAUCACAUUGGAAAAGCAAAUUGAUCAUUGGAACUGGUUAUUGGUAGGAGGAGAAGAAACUGCAUUAGCUGCUCUUGAAGAAUGCAACAGAUUGAUUCGAAAAGUAAUGAGAAAGACCCCAUUGAAUGAAGCUCUUGUCAGACAAAUUAUUCGGAAAGCUCUUCAAUUUGAACUUCCCAAACUUCUGUCACAGGCAGUUGAAAACGAAACUACCGUUUUAUCGCUCGUUCAAGACGGUACUCUCUACGAACAAGAUAAAGGGUCUCAGAUUGCGACGGACAAGAUUGAGCACGCAGCCUUUGAAUUUUAUGGACUCUGCUCUAUCAUUGACGUUAACAACUUUGUCAUAACCAUUGCUCUAAAGCUCGGAAUUUUGCUUCAAUAUACACCCAUUACUGAAGAAGAGCUGAAUAUAAUGGGCGGAGUGAAACGAAUGGAUAACGCAACUUCCCUCGAUUGGGAAGCUUCUUUGAGAGUUCGUGCUCGCGCAGAGCAGACAUUGCGUGAUGAUGUAUUCAGAAAGACGGCAGCUGAUCUUAACACUCGUCUCGGAAUGAUUCAACAACAUUUUGAUACUGUUCUCCCUAUGUUCCGCGGACUCGUGAACAAUAUUGGAAUUCGCGGCGAAUACUUCUUAAGCCCACGAAUCAACGGAGAUCCCAUGUGUGCUCAUCGUAGAGAGAUACAACAGAUUCGAAACAUCUUCCUUACGAAAUUCUUCAUCACCAUAGCAGACGCUGCUGCGAAACUGAAGCAAUCCACCCGUUUCCACGAGGUCGUUACGAGUUUCAACGAUGAUUUCGCAUUGGACCAUGAAAACGUUAUGAAAAUAAAAGAAACGUUCGCCAGAAUCAACAUCAAAGUCGAAUAA